UUGUAUGCAUCAGGUGCGAAAAGUUGUCUAGGCUGAAGUUCACAGUCAAAUACAACUUUGGUUGGGUGUGUGCAUAGGCAUUCAUACUGCGUGCGCGACGGUAAUAGAAAUGACUCACCAGUGACGUAUAUCAUUGACGUAGGUUCUUCAGUGAUAAUGGACAUGGAACUGCAUGGCAAAGGUAGUCAGAUAACUGCAUGACAGGCGAAGGGACAACACGCACAUCGCUGUAGCGCAACUUCAUCAUUGCAUAUAUGCUUGCUCGUUAAACAAAGUUGACUAGAGCUGCUCAUCAUCAGAGCCAGAGGACAAGGAGACGAGGAGACAGUGGACGAAAGUUGUACUUUGAAAACAAAAUGAAACAGUCGAGUCCGGACUUUUUGAUGCGCGAAUCCCACACGUGUCUGACGGUAGCACAUGAAGAUUUGACCACCAUGCAUUCAAAUCACAAGCAAUCCUGCAGAACGUUCUUCCCUAUCCGAUCGCGAGAUGUUCUUCUGAUUCUCAUCUUUGUUUCCUUUCUUCACGUGCAAUCGGCGAACGCUACUCGCCCAGAGUACCGUUGUAUUGAAGGAGAAAGACUCCCAAGAUUUGAUGGGUGUAACUGUGGGGAGUAUGCAAGCAUUGUAUCCAAAGAAGAGGCGCGGCAGUUGGAUGAAGCUGGAGUUCGUGUGUUCUCUCGGCCACAUGGCCGCAAACCCGGGAGGCAGCAGUCGUAUGUAUGCAUCCAGUGUACAAGAUGUGGCGAUGGCAUUAAAGUAGACAGUCCGUGCACUUCUCGGGCCGACACUGAGUGCAGUAACAGCGCAUGCGCAGAUCCCUCCUGGAAGUUCGAUUUUGGCAGUAAAUCCUGCAAGCCGCCGAGCACUCCGCAACCACAAACCUCAACAGUGUUGGGACCAACGAUUGCACGGACACCAGCGAGAGUGCCAUUUCUCCAUGCGCUAACUAGAACACCGCCACCUGACGACAAAGAUGACGUCACACACGACCCAGUUUUGUGGUCACAAAAACAGAGUCAGCUUAUCAUCAUCGGUGUGGUUGCCGUGGUUACCGUUCUUCUCAUUCUACUGGUUGCCAUCAUGAUCAUGGUCAUCCAAAUGAAAGGCAAAAUAGAAAAGAUUGCUUCGUCUCCAUACUCGUCUCAAAAUACAUCAAAUUCCUCGGUCAAUGUUUGACGCAGUCUUGCUUAAUAUCAACUUGGUUCCAGCAAAAAUAACAUAUUAAAAUAAAAGAUUUUGAGAACAUCCUUUUGAUAAACUCAAACGUGAAGACAACAGACAAUCCUGAAGACACUAACAUGAUAGAGCAUGGAUGGUGACUAUUAUGAGAAAAAGAAGUUGUAUGAAUUUGUGAAUUGAAAGAUGUAAACAGUAAAAGACGAUAAUUCGAUUUAGAUAACUAUUUCGUUUGACCAAGCUUAUACAAAUAUUGUACAGCUAAGUUGAAGAAAAGCUUGACGCCAUUAGCUCGCCCAGUGUCUGUUUUCAGAAAGGAUAUCGGUGGCAAAAUAAGUCAUUUUGUUCUUCGAAGGAAAGUGGCCCCGGGAGCCGAGAUUUCCGUUUCUUACAAAAACAUCCUGCAAAUUUUGCCGCCGAGUAUAUGUAUAGUGAUUAAGUUGCACCUUGUCCACUCCCCUGCUUGACACUUGAGGGCGUCAACUGAGAUUUGAAGAUGUCAAGUAUUUGACUGUUCUUCUCCAUGUAUAGUUAAGAAUGCCUUGUAUAACAUUUUGUAACACUAUUUUCUCGUUAUCUUUUAUAAGGAUACAAACUAAUUAUACCUUCUUUGUACAAUUUUCAUUGCUAUUUAUCUUGGAGGUGAAAUAACAAAAUACCAAAUAUAAGGAAUGUCAUAAUUGUGUAAUGUCUUUGGAUGUACGUAUAUUUUUUUAAUUUAAAGGGGAGUGCACUGAAAGUGUUAAAUAAUUUGCAGCCAAACUAUGUCUUUAAAUAUGAAAAUAAUUAACGAGUCUAUAAAUAUAUGCAGUCUAUAAAUAUAUGCAACGUCCUUUCUAUAAAUAAACAGUAAUUGUUAAUGUAAUAUUUAUGACCGUGGCUAAUUACCUGUAGGAGUGUAAAUAUUUGUUUUAUUUUGUAAAUGUAUAUAUUUUUGAGAUUAAAAGUGCGAAGUCAUGUGAAAAAUAAUGAAUAACAAACAUAAAGACACGUUUUUGUUGAAUACA